UUCAUCUGUUCUUUUACGGUGAGGGUGCAGGACCUGAAAACAACCAUGGAAUGGAAAAUACUUCCCGUUUUCUCACUGCUGCUGCUUUCUGUUUUCUUGGUUCAGCAAGUUUCAUCUAAAGAUCUAUCAAGCUGUGCAGGGAGAUGUGGGGAAGGGUAUUCUAGAGAUGCCACCUGCAACUGUGACUUUAAUUGUCAACACUACAUGGAGUGCUGCCCUGACUUCAAGAAAGUCUGCACCACAGAGCUUUCCUGUAAAGGCCGCUGCUUCGAGUCCUUCGCCCGAGGGAGGGAGUGUGACUGUGAUGCCCAGUGCGAGAAGUAUGGCAAGUGCUGUCCGGAUUAUGACAAAUUCUGUGCGGCAGUGCAUAAUCCCACAUCACCACCUUCAAAGACUGCACCUCCGCCUGCAAGAGCAUCUCAAACCAUCAAAUCAACCACCAAGCGUUCACCCAAAUCACCAAAAAAGAAGAAGACUAAGAAAGUUAUAGAAUCAGAGGAAAUAACAGAAGAACAUUCUGUUUCUGAAAACCAGGAGUCUUCCUCCUCCUCUUCUUCUUCUUCCUCAACUAUUCGGAAAAUCAAGUCUUCCAAAAAUUCAGCUGCUAAUAAAGAAUUACAGAAGAAACCCAAAGUAAAAGAUAAUAAGAAAAGAACUCCUAAAAAGGAACCUGCCCCAGAGCCACCAGCUGUCGAUGAAAAUGGAAGCGGACAGGACAGUGGUGACUCUAAGCUCACCCCAGCUCCUGACAUUGCUACCACCCAACGCAAUAAAGUAACCACAUCUCCCAAGAGUACAACGGUAAAAUCAACAACUCCUAAACCCAGUCUCCCAUCUACUCCUGAUACAUCCAAGAAAACACCUCCAUCAGACAAGGAAGAGAGAACUGUUGAAACUAAAGAGUCUACUGAAACAAAUAAAGAGACUUCCGCUAGUGCAAAAGAAAAGACGACUUCAGCCAAAGAAACACGGAGCUCAGAGAAAACAUCUGCCAAAGAUUCUGUACCCACACCUGAAGUUCCUGCUAAACCUACACCCAAAGCUGAAACUACAACCAAAGCUUCUGUUGUGACCACUCCCAAUAAACCUAGCCCCACAACACUCAAGGCAUCAACUCCUACCACCUCCAAGGAAGCUGCACCCACUACCACGAAGCCGGUACCCACUACCACCAAGGAACCAGCUCCUUCCACGCCUAAGAAGCCUAUACCUACCAACCCCCAAGAACCAGCUCCCACUACCCCUAAGAAGCCUGUACCCAUUACUACCAAGGAACCAACUCCCACCACCCCGAAGAAGCCUACACCUACCACCCCCCCAGAAACAGUUCCCACCACCCCUAAGGGGCCUAUACCCAUCACUACCAAGGAACCAGCUCCCACCAACCCUGAAGAGCCUGUACCCAUCACUACCACCAAAGAACCAGCUUCUACCACCCCCAAGCAACCUGCUCCUACCCCCCCAGAGAAGCCUUUACCCACUACCAUCACCACCACCAAGGAACCAGUUCCCACCGCUCCUAAGAAGCCUGUAAUCACGACCACCAAGGAACCAGCUCCCACCACCACCUCCACCACCAAGGAACCAGCUCCCACCACUCCUAAGGAGCCUGUACCCUCGACCACCAAGGAACCAGCUCCCACCACUCCUAAGGAGCCUGUACCCUUGACCAACAAGGAGCCAGCUCCCACCACUCCUAAGGAGCCUGUACCCAUGACCACCAAGGAACCAGCUCCCACCACCCCCAAGGAGGCUGUCCCCACUGCCCCCAAGGAACACACUCCUACCACUCCCAAGGAACCAUCUCCCACUAUUCCCAAGGAGCUUGUAACCAUCACCAUGAAGGAACCAGCUCCUACACCCCCAAAGGAGGCUGUAUCUACCACUCCCAAGGCAACAGUUCCUACCACCCCUAAGGAGCCUGUACCUACUGCCACCAAAAAGCCUACACCCACAACCACCAAGGAACCAGCUCCCACCACUCCCAAGGAAUCUGCACCCAGUACUCCCCAAAAGCCAUCACCCACUACAUUUAAAGAGCCAGUCCCCACUACCCCUGAGGAGCCUGCCCCAACUACUCAUAAGACAUCAGCUCCAACCACUACCGUGAAGCCUCCCACCACCCCGAAGACAUCUGUUGAAGUAACUCCUGAGUUUUCUUUAGAACCAACACCAAAAGCUCUUAACGAAAGUCCCAAGGAGCCUGCCUUACCACCCACCAAGACUACUGCAGUGACCAAACCUGAAAUGACCACAACAGCUAAAGAUAAAACAACAGAAAAAGAAAUACAUCCUACACCUGGAAUGGAUGCACUUCAGAUCACAACAAAAGAGACAGCAGCUACAGCAGAAGAAAAGACUGAAUCCAAAAUAGCAACUACCACCAUGCAAGUAACAUCUACAGCUCAAGAUACUACAUCAUCCAAAAUUACUACUUUGAAAGCAACAACUUUUGCACCCAAAGUAACUACAACUGAAGAGAGUAUGAACAAGCCUGAGGAAACAACCAUUGGACCAAAAGAUGUACCUACUAAUCCCAAAGCAACAACUCCAAAACCCCAGAAGCCAACCAAAGCACCCAAAAAGCCUUCUACGAAAAACCCAGCCAAAACACCCAAAAAACCUUCUACUAAAAAGCCAAGCAUACCCAGAGUGAAAAAACCAAAGACAACACCAACUCCCCCAAAGACGACACCAAAGUCUGAAUUAAACCCUACCUCUUUGGCAAAAUUCAUGAUCCAAACCACCACUAGUCCUAAUCAAACUCCAAAUCCAGAAAUAGUUGAAGAAAAUCCAAAGAACGAAGAUGCAUUUGGUACUGAAGGAGAAAAACCUCACGUGAUCCUCAGGACCCCAGUGUUAACACCUAUCAUUAUUGCAGGAACUGAUCACUUAGUGAGACCAGCCUAUCCAGGAACGGGCGUCAAUUCCAUGCUUUCAGAUGAGACCAAUUUAUGCAAUGGUAAGCCAGUAGACGGACUGACCACUUUGUACAAUGGGACAUUAGUUGCAUUUCGAGGUCAUUAUUUCUGGAUGCUAAAUCCAUUCAGCCCACCAUCUCCAGCUCGAAGAAUCACUGAAGUUUGGGGUAUUCCGUCCCCUAUUGACACUGUUUUUACUAGAUGCAACUGUGAAGGAAAAACUUUCUUCUUUAAGGAUUCACAGUACUGGCGCUUCACCAAUGAUAUAAAGGAUCCAGGGUAUCCUAAAUUAAUUGUUAAAGGAUUUGGAGGGCUAUCGGGAAAAGUAGUAGCAGCCCUUUCAAUAGCUAAACACAAGAACAGACCUGAAUCUGUGUAUUUUUUCAAGAGAGGUGGCAAUAUUCAGCAGUAUACAUAUAAACAGGAGCCCGUCACAAAGUGCACUGGAAGAAGGCCUGCUAUAAAUUACUCAGUGUACGGAGAAGCGGCACAGGUUAGGAGACGUCGUUUUGAACGGGCUGUAGGACCUGCUCAAACACACACCAUCAGAAUUCACUAUUCUCCUGCCAGAGUCGCUUAUCAAGACAAAGGUUUCCUCCAUAAUGAAGUUAAACUGAGUACAAUGUGGAGAGGAUUUCCAGAUGUGGUUACCUCAGCUAUAACACUGCCCAACAUUAGAAGGCCUGAUGGCUAUGAUUACUAUGCCUUUUCCAAAGAUCGAUACUAUAACAUCGAUGUGCCUAGUAGAACAGCGAGAGCAAUUACUACUCGUUCUGGACAGACUCUCUCCAAAGUCUGGUACAACUGUCCUUAGACUGAUGAACAAAGAAGAGUCAACUAAGUAAAAUAAAGAAGAGACAAUAAAGUUUGACACUGAAAUACUUUUAUUAAUAAAGAAUGUUGAGAUGAACAUACCAAUUUAAAUACAAAAA